AUGGCUACCUGGAAGCGCGACGGGCGGCUGACGGCGCUGCAGCGGCUGGGCUGCGCCGGGCUGGCCGGGGCGGCGAGCCACAGCCUGACGGCCCCGAUGGAGGUGCUCACCGUGCUGGGCCAGGUCGGGGCGCUGGCCGGGCGGCCGGGCGGCGGCCUCUGGCAGGCGGGGAGCCGGCUGUGCCGGGCCGAGGGGCCGGGCGCGCUCUGGAAGGGCAACCUGACCGCCUGCCUGCGCCUCCUGCCUUACAGCGCCGUGCAGCUCGCCUCCUACCGCCGAUGUGUGAUGUUGCUGAUGGAUGAUCUGGGCCAUAUUUCCCAGUGGAACGCCAUCGUGGCCGGGAGUCUGGCGGGAAUGAUGGCGGCUGUGGCAACCUAUCCGACGGAGGUGGUCAAGACCCGGCUGAUUGUGCAGAAUCGCCUGGACCCUCCCUACAAAGGCAUUCUUCAUGCUUUAUACAUGAUUUACCACCAGGAAGGAGCGUCUGCACUUUAUCGGGGUGUUUCCUUGUCAGUAUUAGGUGCAAUCCCCUUUUCCAUUGCUUCCUUCCUUGUUUACACUCACCUGGAUGAACUCUGGGGUCAACCCAGCCUUCCUUUCACACCAAUGCAAAACUUCUUCAACGGCUGUCUGGCUGCUGCAGUGGCUCAAACCGCCUCUUUCCCCUUUGAAACAGUCAAGAGGAAAAUGCAGGCUCAAAGCCCCUGCCUCCCUUCUUCUGGGGGGGUCGAUGUCCAUUUUGCCGGUGUGAUAGAUUGCUUUAAACAGACGGUGAAAAACAAAGGAGUCCUCGCUCUCUGGAAUGGACUAACUGCCAAUUUACUCAGGAUCGUCCCUUACUUUGGGAUCAUGUUCAGCACUUUUGAAUUCUGUAAGCGGGUCUGCCUGUACCGGAAUGGUUACACCGAUUCCCCUUUACGCUACGCCCUUACUCCCGGUGUAGACCAGAGUUUACAACCUCAGGAACUGCAAGACAUAAAGCUCCUUGGACGUAGAAACUUCUAA